AUGGCGUCCACUGUAAACCCUAAUAACACACUCGGUACUCUCCAAGUGGGGGGCUCCAUCAUGGUAUUUUUGUUUGGAAUAGAGACCUUGCAGACCUAUUACUACUUCAAAAGAUAUCCGAAUGAUCGCCUUUGGUUAAAGCUGCUGGUGGUCUGGAUUUGGAUGGAAGAAAUUGGUCACACGGUCUCUGUUUUAAGUGGAAUGUAUCUCCUUACCGUGACCGAAUUUGGACAACAUGACGCGCUCGCCGUGACGACCAUGCCGAUUGGCUACGCGUGGUCAAUUGUAUUCAGCGGCUCAGUCGGAUUUAUCGUGGAGGCCUUCUUUGCGCACCGUUUGUAUGUGUUGUCGAAACAGUUAUACCUCCCAGUAACCGCCUGGGGUCUUGCAUCAUUCCGAUUGGCAGGGAGCAUGGUCGCGUCGUCCAAGGUGUUUGGAAACAUAUCUCUAGAAGUUUUCUCUAGAGAAUGGAGGGGCUUAAUCACCGCCUGCUUUGCUGCGGGUGCAGGAGCCGACAUCAUCGUUGCAGGAGGUCAAUGUUAUUAUAUUUACCGUGAAAAACGUAUCGCGAUUGGGCGGACACUAAAGCUACUUGACCGCCUCUUGGCAUAUACUGUUGAAACUGGCUUAGUCCUAAGCAUGAGUGCGGUUGUGAUUCUCGUUGUGUGGGCUACGACUUCACAUAGCUUCUGGUGGUUCGGAAUCUAUUUAUAUUAUACGGAGGUUUUUGCAAAUUGCUUGAUGGCAUCCCUGAAUACUCGACGGGUCCAAGAGGAUUCUGUGGGCGAGAAGGUCAUCAAUCUGUCGCACAAUCUCCACAUCCGCAGUGCAGACAGUGCCUAUACAGCUAGCCGCAACCAGAAUUUCAUGAGACACCCCCCAAAGUCCGGAUUUGAUGCGGACAUCGAACUAGCACCCGCAGUUGCUUCCAACGGUUCUAAUACACGUGAUCCAUUCCAAGGACAGGCGAUGGAUCAUCCAAAUAUCGCCAUUUCGGUCUCUCAAGACGUUUGCAUUAAACACGAUAGGUCGGUAGAUUUGGAGUCUCAGGUGUAG